AUGGAUGCCCAAUCUAUACGGUCCAUGGAAACGCAGGCGCCGCCACCCACCAGCCCCGAAGAAAAUGCCAGGCUUUCAACAAAAUAUCUAGCGCUUAUACUAAGUUCUAUGUAUGCAAUAUUAUUAGUGACGCUCGGUUUACUAAUUUAUCCAUCAGAGCCUUUUGUGGAAUUAUAUUCGCCAUCAUUCAUUUACUCCAUCUGUCUAUUAGCUAUUGGAUUUAUAUUCCAAUCAUAUUUAUUACUGGAUAUUGGAAGAUAUAAAGCGGUUACAAUGAAAAAUCAGAAGAUUAAAGGAAUGCAUUUGGACAAGUUUGCAGAGUUUUUCAGGAAACAGGAGGAAGAUUUUGCCAACGACGGUGAUAGGACUCCGGAGUUGAGUCGGAAUAGCGCCAUACCUUCUCCAGUACUCAUACCAUUGACACACGAUUAUUGCUUCAGCCAUGGAAGACAUUCUGGAAGCUUCUAUUUGAAGCUGGGAGCUGCAGGUUUUGCAUUAGGUCAUCUAGUGCAUUCCGUACUGCUAAUUUCAGUACAAGUAGGAUAUCUACUAGACGAAACAAUAUCGAACGAUGAAUGCGUCAACAUACUCCAAGUUGUGUUUGACGUCGUGCAGCCAUUGUACUGUUUUAUACAGCUGUAUUUCAUCUUUAAGUACUGCAAUGUUCUUGUAUUGAGAGGACAGAAACUGGCAUAUUUCGGGUUCAUGCACAUGAUUGGAAGUAGUUUAUGUUUCUGGAUAUUUAACAUUGUACGUGAAACCGUAUUAGCUUUGACGAUUUAUGCUAGUCAAAAGUAUGGAAAUAACACAAUAGACAACACUGAAGAUGUUAUUAUCCACCUUGACAUAAGCGGUCUGUACAAAGAAAACUGCACCGGCUCUCCACUUAUGACCACUAUUAUCUCCAACGUAUCACCAUAUUUAUAUCCAUUUGGAGUUGAAUUCAAUAUUUUAAUUGUUGCCGUUUAUUAUAUAAUAUGGAGCAAUAUUGGGAAUUGUGAAAACAUCGACGCAUCUGAAGGAAGUUCCAGUUGCGAUGAUACUCAAACUGUUUGCAAAAUACCAACAGCGCACGAAGAUAAUGACUACACAAGCAACAUUGUAAUAUAUGCGGACUGUCACGCGUCGAACAAGGGACUGUUUUUGGGGCUUAUUCUUACAGUUAUCGUUGUGGGCAACCUCAUUCUGGGUUUUGUUUUGGGAAACCUUGGAGCCGACUACGCGGUGGUCGGAUACACAAUUAACAACUGUGUUAAACUUGGUAUGCACACCAUCAUGCUGCUAGCGGUGGUCAUAGCAUUUAACCAAAUGAGGAAACUUCACAUAAACGAACAUCCCAUCUCCCUGCUGGACGAUAUUCUUCUAUUCGUCUGUUUACCAGCAUUUUUCAUAGAGACGAGCCUGUCUAUGAUAGCGACUGUUAAUAUUCUCAAUAUUAUAAGAAGUGUGGAUUUCAUGAUGAUGGUAAUCCAAGUGAUCCUACAAACCGCCUUAUUGGUUGACGGAUUACGACGCUGCAGUAACACGCGAAAACUGAGAAGAUCGAAGCCAGGCAGGGAAAUUCUCAUGUUCCUAUUAAUCGGUAAUGUCGCCAUGUGGAUGAUUUAUACAUUUUCAUAUAAAUCACCCGAUUCAUUGGAUGAGCGGUACAAGUUUUUCGGGAAGGAGUUGUGGAGUAUUUUGGGGCACAUUUCUCUUCCCCUUAUUAUGUUCUAUAGGUUUCAUUCUAGUGUUUGCUUCUCUGACAUCUGGGAUGCAGCUUAUAAGCCCGGGUCAGAGCAUUAA